AAGUAAUUGACUAAUUGCAACAACGUUAAGGGUUGGAGAAUAGUUUUGAUAAAGUCAACGGCUUCAAGGGAUCUUUCGAGCUAAGAGGGGAGAAGAUCUACAGGUAGUUUGGGUUUUUGUUUGAGCAUAAUCGGCGAGUAUGGCAAGGCUAGACUGUGAAAGUUGGAGUUCCUCUCAAUGAGUGGUAGCAGGAAGGGGAGGUCGUCAAUGGUGGGUAGUGCGAGCUGGUAUCAUCUGACAAUGUGGUGGAAGAAGGUAAUUGUGGAUGCCUCAAUUUGUGACCAGUCUUAUGGCCUGGGACUAGGAUUUUGUGCCGAUAGAGUUAGAUUCACUUUUGGCGUUUUCAGAUAUCCAUGAUAGCUCGAGCCUAUCUUCUAAAGGAUUGUUGGUGGAAGACAUUAGAGUAAUGAAUUCGGUGUUCAAACGGACCCUUAAGGACCAAUCAGAGACAAGAAAUCUUUGUUGUGCAUUAUCAUAAGUGGGAACAUUGGCCAGUGGAGGUGGUAGCAAUGAGUGCUGGUUCUAAAGUGGGAAUCAGGCAGCAUAGUACCAGAAGUUAAAAAACUUCUUAUGAAAAAUGGGUUAGCACGUGUCUACAUUCCUCGUUUGUAACCAAGUAAAAUCUGCCACAAUGAUAAGCUUUCGGAAUUUCAACUUGUCAGUGGGUAGAUUAUGGACAGUAUGGACCACCCCUCUGUUCAUGAAAAAUACUGUACGUAGUAACUAGUAAGGAAAUUCUGGGAAAGAGAAGUAAGAAAAAACAUGAGAUGAUGUUCCAGAAAGGAUUUGCGGCUCGACUUUUUUGGUUCUCAUCUUUUAUCAACGCUUUAUAGCGCUGUUUUUUCUUAGAGAAAAAAGCUUUCUGGUUGCAAUGAUCAAUUUUCCAGUUAGAGGAUGUUUUCAGUUUCCCCGACUAGUACUAUAUUGCUAUUGUAGCCAGAGCUGUUACUGGAUAUGGAGUGUUCGGGAAUAGAAUUUCAUUAUUCUGAAUUCUGAAAUUUCAGCUUCAAGCUACAGGCUGUCUCUAGAUUGAAGUUAGUUAUGGGUUGAUAAUUAUGGAGCCUGAGAAAUGGAAAUAUUAAUUCCAUUUAGAAAACUUCAAGCAAUGGAUAUCUAACUUUUCUGAGUUAUUGAGACCUUAAAUCCGCGAAUACAUCUCGUUUGGCAGAUCGUGGACUUGAAUAAGCUGUUGGAAAGUUCUCCGGCUGUCAAAUUUGUUGGGCAAUUUUCCUUUGGCAAUUUAUCUGUUUCAUAGGAUCAGAUUGAUCAUAAACAGAUUAUUUAAAUAUAACCAUAUAAUAUAUUAUCUUCUUCGUUUAGCAGUUUAUUUGUGUUGAGUUCAAUCAAUUGAUUCUGGAACUCUAAUACUUGAUCAAAAGGCAAGGAUCACACGUUUACAGUGCGGAUAUAAUCUUUUAGCUUUCAAAAUAUGGAUUUGGACAUAAGCGACAUUGAAAGAUUAUGGUGGAAAAGCUUGUUCUACUCUCUAUCUAGUCUUGAAGAUACUCUUGGAAGAAUAGACGAUUUCUUAUCCUUUGAAAGGGUGUUUAUAGAAGGAGACUUGGUUUGCUUAGUAAAGGAUGAACCAUCCGGGCAGACCGGUAGAGUGGUCAAUGUUGAUAUGGUAGUCGACGUGGAGGACAUUUUCGGAACUGAAAUACGAGGUGUCCACAGUCCACUCCAAGAAAAUCCAAAAAAUGCAUUCAAUUAUGGUUGGGGAUUAUGUAAUGUGUGGGCUGUGGCUUGGAAAAGUUGAAAAAGUGAUUGAUCGAAUAACCGUUCUGUUUGAUGCCGGUUUUAUAUCUGGAUUCACCACAACGGGACAUGAGAUCAUCACGCCCAUUUCUCCAAACUUGCUUGAAGAUCCACACUAUUCGUUUUAUCCCGGGCAGAGUGAAGAUUCAUACCCGACCAGUUCCUCCAAAAGUUGUUGUGUGAUGUCAGAAAUGAUAAAAGAUAUACAGGGACUGUUUGCUCUUUGGAUGUCGGGGUUGUGUAUGUUAGUUAGAUUGGUUGUGUGACAAAUGGACGUGAGAAGGCAUCUAGUCCUCCACAUUUGCAGGAUUCAAAAAUUUUGACCUUGCUGUCAUGUUUUUCUGAUGCCAAGUGGCAGGUUGGGGAUUGGUGUUUGCUUUUAGAUGCUGACAAUGAGAAUUCCCUGCAUAGUUCUCUUUGGGUAUGUUUAGACCCCAGAGAUUGACUAAUGAUGUAAUUUUCUUAGUGUAUUUUAAAGUUGGAUAUAUGUAAAUUCUUAGUCACAAUAUAGGGUGUUUGGAACUGAUUAUGCUUUUGCAUCUUUUUUAAAACAGAAGCAGAAUCAGAUCCAAACACGAUAUAGGGGGUGAUAUAGACUAUAGCACUAUGCCUAUAGAUAUAAACAAAUGCAAAUAUACAAUAAGUAUAUAAAAAUUCUGAAACAAGUUUAUUGAGGUUUAGCCCAUUUUUCAUCUUGCACCUAAUCUUUGUG